AUGGAUCCUCAUCUUUCGAACAAACUUAUCGUUGCUUUCGGUUCAAACAUUCCCAACACUCUCAUCUACAAAAGCGGCGACAAGAUCAUACUUCCUGAAUCUGCAUUGCUUCGUCUCUCUCACAUGGACAUCCAAUACCCCAUGCUCUUCCACCUUCGGAGCUCGGAAACCGGCCGAGUCUCCUACUGCGGUGUCGUGGAGUUUAGCUCCAAAGAAGGCCAGGAAGCUACAUCAAGAUGCAGCCCCACGCCACCCAUUUUGUACAUCUUUCCGAACCCGAAAUCCGUCUUGGAAUCUGCUCUGAUCAGAGGCUUUACUUGUUUGUCUGCUGGAGAUACCAUCAUGAUCAUGCAUGAGGGCAAGAAGUUUUACAUCAAUGUUUUGGAGACCAAGCCGGUCUCGGCGAUUCGUGUUAAUGUCACUGAUUGCGAGGUUGAUUUCGCUCCUCCUUUGGACUAUAAUGAGCCUGAGAAAGUUAAACCAGCUGACAAGAUUAUUGAAAAAGCCUCCAUGGAAGUUGGAAAGAAGGAAAAACAAGAGGAACCAAAGUUCAGACCAUUCAUGGGUGUGGCAAAGCGGUUAGAUGGGUCCCCUACUAGUGUUGUUGGUCAGAAAGCUGGGAAGGUUGUCUUUGGGUCUUCCAAUGCUGUCGGAAAGCCGUCAGAAGAGUCGAAGAAAGUGGAUGACAAAAGAAGAAUAAUGGAGAAGAAGACGGAAGAAAAGGUUGGUUUUCAGGCAUUCACCGGGAAAAGUUACAGAUUGGGUACAGAAUGA